GGUUUAUUAUGUUUAUUCUGGGUUUAGGUCUGCACUUCCGGAGCCAAAGGAUUAAAAAUAAAAUUAGGCUUAUGCAAAAAUCCAAGCUACCAUAGAAUUAUUUCCAGCUUUGCAAAGGAAUGGGUGAGAGAUCAUCACCGGUACGAAAAAACAAAAACAAACCACUAGAAGUCAGGCCUAUGGAUAGAUAGCUCUUAUCUUCAUUGAAUUUUUAGGAAGAAAGGAAUGAAUCCAAAGAAGGAUCUUUUUAGCCAAGUGCAAGCGGUUGCAUAUCGCUAAAUGGACCAACUUGACGUAAGAUAUGGUUUUGGACCUUUAUUUUUUUAUUGAUGAAUUUAAAGUGCAUUCCACAGAGAGAAAGAAGCCAAUUUCAAAGCUCUUUAUAACAUCUAGGAUGAUCCUAUUUACCUGGCAUUAUAGAAAGGUGUCCUCAUGACUUCUCUUGCGUACCAUGUCCAUGAUCCUUUUCGCUUGUGUGGUCAGGGUGAGAGAUGGAUUGGCUCUGUCAGCUUCCACUGACUUUUACCACACCCAGGAGUUUCUGGAAUGCAGGAGAUGGCUCAAGAUUUUAGCAUCACGACUGUCCGAGUAUCCAGGUCGAGGCACUACAGAAGGCCCCUACUUCACUAUACACUUUUCUUCCCUAGGGAAUGUGGCCUGUAUGGCUAUCUGCUCCCGCCAGUGCCCAGCCGCCAUUGCUUUCUGCUUCCUGGAGACCCUGUGGUGUGAAUUUACAGCUUCCUAUGACCACACUUGCAUUAGCCUGGCCGCCAGGCCAUAUGCCUUUCUUGAAUUUGACAGCAUCAUCCAGAAAGUGAAGAGGCAUUUUAACUACAUGAAUUUCACUCAGAUAGGGAGCAGCAUAGAACAGAUACAGGAGGAGCUUGAGUUCCAGCCACCAGUGAUUCUCACGAUGGAGGACACAGCUGUCCCCAAUGGGAUGAUGAAUGGACACAUGAAGGUGCACUUGGAGUCUGCGCCUAACUUCCGACUGGAACCAGUGACUGCUCUGGGUGUUCUCUCUCUGGUUCUUAACAUCAUGUGUGCAGCUCUGAAUCUCAUUCGUGGAAUUCACCUUGCAGAACAUUCUGUACAGGUUGCCCAGGAGGAAAUUGGAAAUAUUCUGGCUUUUUUCAUUCCUUUUGUAGCCUGCAUUUUCCAGUGUUACUUGUACCUGUUCUACAGUCCUGCCAGGACUACGAAGGUGGUACUGAUGUUGCUCUUGAUUUUCCUGGGCAACAUGUACCUGCACGGGCUGAGGAACCUCUGGCAGAUCCUCUUCCAUGUAGGUGUGGCUCUUCUGUCCUCUUACCAGAUCCUGACGAGGCAGUUGCAAGAGAAGCAGUCUGAUUGUGGAGUGUGAGCAGGGCAGCGAUGGACAAGCGGGACCUUGUGUGUCCCCAUAAGGAUCACCUGUCAUUUACUUCAGCAUCUCAGCAUCUCAUUUUGCCUCUCCAUCCUGGAAGUUCUUUUUGAUCAGCUCAAAUGGAGAAACAGAAUUGGGGUGUAGAGUCAGGUACAGGUGAAGAAGGUCUGGGAUUGACAGAUACCCCAUCCUGGUUUUGUGCUGAGUAGUCACUGAAGAAUCAGAAUCUCUGUUUUAGCACUUUUACUUUGGACAGCAGAAUGUGGGGACUCAAUCAGAAGGAGCACUCUUGGAAGACCAGAACGGAAUUAUUUUGGUCUUUGACAUUAAAUGAUGCAAUAAAUCACUAGAUUCAAUAAACCUAGUUUUAGUAAUUGGCAGUUUCCAAGAAACCUGUUUGAAAUCUGUAGCAGCUUCUCAGUCUGAAUGUGACUCAGUGUUUUUAUAGGGUCAGUACAGGGUAAACGUAAAACAUAAAAAUAUGAUUUGUAAAUAUAAGCUAGGUAAAUUUUGUUUACAUUUUUGGUAACUUGGGUCUUACAUGAUACCUAUAGCAAAAUAUUUUAAUGUAUUUUGGAUACAAAUUUUAUGUAGGGUGAGGACAAACUUACAAUGAAAUACAGGGUAGGAGAGCUGAGUGUUUCAUUUCCAUAACAUCUUUUAUGGUGGCAGGAUUCUAUAGCAUUGAAAAAUUUCAUAUAUGCAAGGUAUCUUUGAUUAUUUUAAAAAGUAAUUGCAUCUCCAGCUAGAGAAUCAUAAGCAGAAAUUAGACUUUGGAUGCCUUGCAGGUGGCUAUGAGCUAGAGUAGGUAAAUCCAUGGGCAAAUGGCAUAGACUCACACAGAGGUGCUUCACAGACCUGGCAUGCUGGUUGCUGCCAUAAGUCUGUUGUAUGGAGCCACAUGCCUAGGGUUUCACUGAUGAAUACCUGACCCUAUGAACUUAUUCCCAGAUGAGUUUCUGAAUUAAUUACUUCUUUCAGCAUUUUGUUAUCUUAAUUAGAUCAGGGGCCUCAUUUUUUAAAAUGAGAGUUGUGUAGGUGUAAACUUAAAAAGUUUUAUGAAGAUAUAAUUAAUCAUGUACUCCCAAAAGUUAUUUCACUUUUUCUUGUUGCCAAGAUGAUGAUGGAUCAUAGUUUUCUUUUUUUGCUGUUGUUGAGUUUUGGCUACACCUGGUGAUGUUCAGGGGUUACUGCUGGUGGUGCUUAGGGAACCAUAUGGGAUCCUUGGGGGCAAAACCUGAUUUGGUUGCAUGCAAGACAAAUGUCCUACCAGCUAUACUAUUGUCCUGGCCCCGUCCAUAGUUUUCUAAGCUGUAAAUCUGAAUAAGAUCCCUGAGAUCUACAGAGUUGUUCAGUACCAUUCAAGAGUGUAUGUUUUAGCUUGUUCAUGGUAGAAGUCUAGGUUUUGGAUAAUUCAGCUACCGCUGCUUGGGAUACUUUGAGUUGAAUUAUUUGAUUUUAAUUCAAAAAGGAUGCUGUUUGGAUAGUUUCUGAAAGUUGAAAACCAUUGCAAGAGUUCUUGAGUGUCUAGAGAAAAAUAUAUGAUGAUGUUACUUUAGGGAUUUGUUUGUGUGUGUGUGGUUAUUACUUCUGGGGAAUUGCCACCUUGCUACCUUAGUACCACUUAAAGAAAAACAGACAAGUUUAUGUGAUUGAGUGCUGAGUUGGAAAAAUGUUACCAUGGUGACUGUAUUUUCUUAUAAUAGAAUUUUUUAUUUUUAGCCAAGCACAAUAUCUGGCUUUGAAAGUUGUAUUAGCAGCAUUGUCCUCUAUGGCAGCGUUCUUCUACCCUUUUCCAUGGACCACUUUGGUUUGCAGGUGUAGAAAAGGCUGAAAACCACUUGUCUACUGCCUGGAUUCUACCUGCUGGUCCAUGGAGGGCUAUGUAGGCCAGGUGAUGACUCACAGGUGUAAAAAGGCUUACGGACACUGCUCAUCACACUUCAGCAUUGUCUCUGUUGAUUUUUAUCAUUUUCUGGGUACCCAGACAGUGACUGUUCGGGCUUUCUAAAGGGAGAUAAUUUUGAAGAGAUGGUAAAAGACCAUGGAAAUUCAAAGAGUGGAGACAAAUCUUUUUAAAUCAGAAGCACAAAAAUGUGGGAAGCUGGUGAGAACCCUGUCCAGACCUAUCAUGUUAUUUUUGAACUUCUGUAGUUUUAAUGUUGUCUGGGCUUUACAUUCUCAGGGGGUCUGCAUUUACCACCUCAUGUUUUACACACAGCAAAGAAUCCCUGAAGCAUUCCUGGGAGUGUUUCCUAUAUACCAAGCCUUGCAGAGAGAUGUUCUUCAUAUUUGUCUCAAUAUGGUUUUUCAUCUGUUGAGAACAGCAUGAGAUUUGAAAUUUUCUUUUGCAAACAAAAGGCAAAAGAUGCAGUAGAUAAAAUUGUGCCAGAAAAAGCCCAUAUAGGCACCAUUUAACUGAAAUCCAGUUGUAGGAACCUCAACUCACUGAAUGAUGGGGAAAAACUGGAGAUUUUGUUCAAGAUUUUUGUUUAAGCACAGUUUGUUGACUGAGGUCAGGCCUGGGUAUAGCAUCUAGAUGUCAUCCAGGAGUCCCUAAAGCUGUUUCCCUGUCACUGGUGUCACACCUCCCUUCCCCCCUGGGCACCCUGUGUACCAGCACCAUCGUUAAAUGCUACCUGCACAACCCACCUGGUUAAAUCUGGGAAUCAAUGAACAGAUGUUAAAUGCCAAGCCUUAGACAUGCCUUCUGGUGUCAGCUACUUUAGCAUCAAUGAACACUAAGUCCCGGUGUGGCUGUGCUAAGUGCUCUUGGACAGGGUGUCCCACUAAUGGCCCAAGCCCAUCUCUACCCUUAACUUAGUAAACUCAAGUGUGGUCUUAACUGUCCCCUGGCCUCUUCCCCUCCAGUGUGGGCUUACUUGUUGGGUACACUAACUUUUUCCUGGGAACAGACAGUUGGGUCAUUAUUCCAGGCUCAUGCUACAUCCCCAGUAUCAGGCCCUACCAAGUACAGCAGCACAAAGCGAGCUCUGCUCCUGGUGUUGCUUAGCAGAUACGGACCCCUGUUUUAGGCUCUGGUGACACCCAACCUUUAGAGUUUUUUAAGGAUGAGGGCAAAGGCUGUAACCAAGAAGACCUUUGGUUGCAUCUCUGCAUCUAACCCUGAUUUUUCUCCUGGGGUCCCCCUUUUUUUCAGCUCUGGAUUCAUUCCUGCGAGCGCAGAUGCAGGAGUUUCUGAGGGGGGCAGAUGGCACUGUGGCCCAGCACUCCUUGAGCACUCAGGAGUCCCAGUGAGCUCCGAGACUCUGUUCUGCAGGAGAGCAGCAUGUCAGCUCUGCUAGGGUCACAGAGCUGGUAUCUAGGGCAGGGGAAGCUGAACUACAGGAUUGGGCUUGGGGUUUGCCACAUACGAGGAAACAUGCUCCCUGGUGGGCUCUGGGGGCUCCUAUGUGUUGUUCCCCAAGAGAGGUUCUGCUCAGCUCUAUAGGCAGGCAGGAGGCCUUCUGAGUUCCCUGUGGCUGUACAGUGAGGUGCUGGUGAGGACCAGUAGGGGUGGAAGUGUGUAGACCAGACACGUGGUAGACCCCUGCUCUGCUGGUGUAUGCAUGUGACACAUUGCAGAUUCAUAUCUCUUGGGUGUGUGCUGGGUGAGUGUUUUGGGGGCUGAGGAAGAGGAGGUGUUGGUGUAAAUUGUGAGAUGAUGUGGAGAAGAGGCGUGUUGGGCAGCUGGUCAGGGGGCCCGGAGUUCGGCUCUUCCACACUUCUGGGUAGGCAAGGUUCUGCAAAUCUUGCUGUGAGUCCUUAGCUAAGAAAGGGUGAUCUCCAGCUUUUUCUGCCCCCUGCAGCAGGCAGGCAGAUGCUGGGGGAAUAGUGGGAGUACUGGGCAUGCCUGAAGUUUGGUGCUAAAGGUCAGCUUUUAUUGUACCUGCUCCUGGAGGUUUGGGGUCUCCUGGGCUCCCAGUAAAUGGUCUCUUGCUGUGCUCCAGACAGAUUGAGCAGUUCAUCUCCUUUUCUGGACCUGCUCCUGCUGACCCAGCACAGAACCCUGGCAACCAGGGACUCCCCUGAACAGGAUCAGAGAAGCUGCUUUUGCAGGUGGCACCGGACCUCAGAGUCUGCUCCUGAUUCAAAGGAGGGAAUCUCUCUUUCUAAUGGGGAUGGUGUUGUCAAGUUCUGCUGCUAGAAAAAAAAAAUCUCAUCUGCAGAUACGAGCUUCUCAAUCAAGUCUGAGAAUGGAGGGGCUGUGGGAUUUUGGGGGGAAUUUUGGAAUAUGGAAACAUCCAUCUGUAUAUUUCAAGUUCUGAGCUGUCACCCACAGCACCUUUUAUUUAGAGUAAAAUUUUAAGUCUAAUUUGUUCUGCUCCCUCAACCUAUGCUUGGAACAUGGGACCUUUUCUAACUUGCUGGAGUUGCUUCAGAAAUAUUAUUUAAUACAUGGUACAUAUCAUUUGAUGCUCCCUUCACUCCACUCCAUCCCACCCCAAACCAGGAUUCUAUUUUGUGUAAUGGAGUAACAGAUCUAAUUUUCUACUAAUUGUAAAAGAGGUGGAUUUAGACAGAGCAGAACCACGGAAUUUCACAUCUUCAUUUUGAAUGCUUGUUGUCUGUAUUACACAAGCUUCUUAACUGUUUUCAUCCACUCACAAAGAUCUAUUUUGAGUAUGUUUUAACAAAGUUUCACACUGAUAGUAAAAAAACUAUGUUAAUAACUGUCUGUGAAGAAUGUUGUAUUGCCAUUUAUAUACUAUGUAUAUACAGUUUAAACCAGGUGGCUGCAGGAAGGGGGAAUAAAUUUAAGGUGCUUUA